UCUCUUUUUCUCUGGUGAUGAAAGGCAGCUGAGCACCCACCCGCCUUUCAGAGUGAUUCGUUACCACACUUUUAAGCGACUUCCCUCCCCGACUUUUCACCCCAGUCAAGUUUCUUGAGUUGUGGUAGGGGCUCUUCAUCAAUACCCUGGCCUUGUUAACUCCGGGUUGGUCCGAGCGGGACCGUGAAAGCGUCCGCGGGGCCAGGCUGCGCGAGCCGUGGAACUGCCCCGAGCCCCGCGCGCUCAUGGAGAGAGACAUCAUGGACAAACUGGAGGACAUGGCUUCGGUCUACGAGUUCGAUCCGUUAACGGGCAACAUCCCCGCCACCAAAGUGGAGAUCACAGUUUCGUGCAGAAAUCUUUUAGACAGAGACACGUUCUCCAAAUCUGAUCCACUGUGUGUCUUGUACACCCAAGGGGUGGAGACCAAGCAAUGGAGAGAGUUUGGAAGAACGGAGGUGAUUGACAACACAUUAAAUCCGGACUUUGUCAGGAAGUACAUCCUUGACUACUUUUUUGAGGAGAAGCAGAACCUGCGCUUUGAUUUAUACGAUGUCGACUCUAAAAGUCCCGACCUUUCCAAACACGACUUUCUUGGCCAGAUGUUCUGUACCCUGGGUGAGAUUGUGGGGUCACCAGCCAGCCGACUUGAGAAACCACUUGGAGGCAUACCAGGGAAGAACUGUGGAAUUAUCAUCUUAACCGCUGAAGAGCUUGGGAACUGCAGGGACAGUGCAACCAUGCAGUUCUGUGCCAACAAACUGGACAAGAAAGACUUUUUUGGGAAAUCCGAUCCCUUCAUGGUGUUCUACAGAAGCAACGAAGAUGGCACGUUUACAAUUUGCCAUAAGACAGAAGUGAUGAAGAACACCCUGAAUCCUGUCUGGCAACCAUUCACCAUUCCAGUCAGAGCUCUCUGCAAUGGAGACUAUGACAGAACAAUCAAAGUUGAAGUAUAUGACUGGGACCGUGAUGGUAGCCACGAUUUCAUCGGUGAAUUCACCACCAGCUACAGAGAGUUAGCCCGAGGUCAGAGCCAGUUCAACAUAUACGAGGUGGUGAAUCCAAAGAAGAAGAUGAAGAAGAAAAAAUAUGUAAAUUCAGGCACGGUGACACUGCUGUCGUUUUCUGUGGAAUCAGAGUCGACUUUCCUCGAUUACAUCAAAGGAGGGACCCAGAUCAAUUUCACUGUGGCCAUUGAUUUCACCGCCUCUAAUGGUAACCCAUCCCAGUCCACAUCUCUCCAUUACAUGAACCCUUACCAGAUGAACGCCUACGCGCUGGCACUGAAGGCGGUGGGGGAAAUUAUCCAGGACUAUGACAGUGACAAGAUGUUCCCAGCACUGGGCUUUGGAGCCAAACUGCCCCCUGAUGGACGCGUCUCUCAUGAGUUCCCCCUAAACGGCAACAUUGAAAACCCCUACUGUAAUGGUAUUGAGGGGAUAUUGGAGGCGUACCAUCAGAGUCUAAAGACCGUCCAGCUGUAUGGGCCCACCAACUUUGCCCCUGUCGUAAAUCACGUGGCCAGCUAUGCAGCUGCUGUCCAGGAUGGCUCGCAGUAUUUCAUCCUCCUCAUCAUCACAGAUGGAGUUAUAUCAGACAUGUCACAGACCAAAGAGGCCAUUGUGAAUGCUGCCAAGCUUCCCAUGUCCAUCAUUAUUGUUGGAGUUGGUCAGGCUGAAUUUGAUGCUAUGGUCGAGUUGGAUGGUGAUGACAUAAGAAUCUCCUCUCGAGGGAAACUAGCAGAGCGAGACAUUGUUCAGUUUGUGCCAUUUCGUGAUUACAUGGACCGGACAGGAAACCAUGUGUUGAGUAUGGCAAGGCUAGCCAAAGACGUUUUGGCCGAGAUUCCUGACCAGUUCAUUUCUUACAUGAAGAGCCGGGGAAUAAAACCCAAUCCAGCACCACCUCCUUACACACCCCCUGGACACACACACCACACACAGAUCUGAGCUCACCCAUGGGCUGGAAGCUAGUUUAAGACAAUGGCUCUCUUUCUCUCUGGAAUUCUGGGGUAGCUGUACUGGAGCUGUUAGGGUUUAGCUCCCAGUGUUACAGUGUGUUUGAACUCUUUGAGACACUCCGGGAUGCAGUGGCAUUUCUGUUUGUGCAUUUUAUGUUUUCUGCCCGUUUUCCUUGGGUAGGACCAAGAAUCAGUCCCAAGGGCAAUUUUUUUUAUUUAUUUUUAAAAUAUAGAUAUUGGCCUGUGACUGUUUCUUAUUUUGUGGAUUGGUUGACAAGAGAGGACGAGGACGAAGAGAAGGAGGAAUGAGAUGAUGUUUGUGGUUUCAGUUUGUGCCUGUCUGUGGCUAUCUCAGUGUAUCAGGACAAGUGUGCCCUAUUGUGACAUUUAAACCCUUUUCCACAUUGGUAUAAUAGAAGUGUGUGUGUUAUGGUAAGGUUUUUAGAUCUGUAUUGCUUUAAUUUUGUAUCAAGUCAUGCCUGUGUAAAUUUGAUUUAUUACAUUAAGCAUUGCUUGUGGAAAAUGUUAAUGUUUUCUGAUUAUCUGUUUGAAUCCAUUUUGGUUUAUGAAAGCAUGCAUGAGAGUGGAAAGGACAGCAGUUUAUUUUCUAUCAAUUUAGUUUCUAUCAAUGAAAGGUAUGAUGAGUGGCAAUGAGAGAUGUAAAAGUCUAUCAGGAUUUUUUCACCAUAAUUCCAAACAGGACACCUACCUAUGGUGACUAGAGAAGCACAACUGCAACAAGCAUACUGUUGGCUUGCGAUGCAUCAAGAAUCAGCAGGACUGGUCACAAGUACUACAUGAACCAUUGCAACUUAGCUCAUACAUACACUUUUGUUGGAAUGAAAAAGACUGCCCUGCAGCCCCCGUGGCCUUAUGCGGAGGGGCCCCUGAUGUAAUUAUGAAUCAUUUUAACAAAGCAAGGGCAGAACAGACAUUGCGGCAUAUAUAUGGGGUCGGCAUAGAUGAAUUUACACAGGAAUCAUAAUUGUGGCCUUGCUGUAACAUGCACUCAAAUGUAAGAUUGUUAAUUCUUGUGCACAGCAGACAGAAAACAAAACGCGAACUCACUGUCAUGGCAGAGCGGCAGUGCAUAAGUCAACUCCUAAAUGCAGUACAGCUAGUUUCCAUUUUCUCUCUCUCUCUGGCAGGAAUGAGGCCUGGAGUGUGCUCAGAAUGGUUUCACCCACUCAACUGUAGUUCAUUCACCAAUUCAAUUUUGUCGAGAGGCUUUUAAUCAAAUAAGAGUGUCUGAUGUAUCUGCGCACUCUGCCAGUAGAGGACUGAAUGGAGCAGCUUGUGUAAUGGAGCACAUUACAGUCCUGUCUGGGUAUAAUAAUAUGCAUUUAGCCCUGUGACUGUGUAUGGGCAUUAAUUAUCUACAGGCUGUUCAGAUGUGAGAUGUAAUUCUGCCAGCUUACAAGGCUUUGUGAUAUUAUAUUGCUAACUAUUUAUUUGUUUUACAUAGAGAGUUUGCUUAAGUCAUCACAACAUCAAAGCAUGAUGUUUUUUUUUCAAGUGUCAUUAAUGCAUCAUAUUUCCGGUGUUUUUCAGCCUAAUUUAAAAAUUAAAAUGAAUGUGCUUUUUAAAAUUUUACACAAUAAUUUAAGUCAAAUGUUUAUUAAUUUCCUUAAAGGUUUUUUGUUGUUGUCAUAUUUAGUGCAUAAAGAAGUUUGAAACACAUUCACAUCAACACACACACACACACACACACACACACACACACACGUUUACUUCGCUAUCUUAAGGGGGCAUACCAUAGACUCAUAUUGUUUUUAUAUAAAGCCAAAUAUAUUACUGAAGACUAACCCUAAAUCUAAAAGAAUUAAUAUAUAUUUUUUUUUUUUAGCAUUUGAAUGAAUGAAUAAAUGGACCGUUUUUCAUGAGGCCAUCCCAAAAUAACUCACUUCUGGGUACAAAUUUAUCCACAAACUAUAGCUAAUAAUAUAUAGCUAGUACACACAUACACACACAGACAAAAUGUUAUUGCUUUUUUUUUUUAAGUCUUCAUUUUUUGUUUUUGUUUAAAUACUGUAAAUUAAUGAAUUGUACACAGCAUGUCUGGUUUGGGGCACAAACACUCUCUUCAUUAUUAUUUAAAUGUGCAUUCCAUACUUUUUUGAAUUUGUCGUCUUAGACUUACACUGACACCUAGUGAUGUGGAUGCAGCAUCAUUCAAACACAAAAUUUUCUGUUACCAAUGCCAUUUUAGAAAGUCAGUUUUCAAUCUUCCAUGGUUAAUUUAAUCUAUAAGUGAAAGUGUCAAAUAACAGUCUGGUUACUAAGAUUAAACGAGUAGUAUUCAUCUGGUCAUGUGAUCCUGACAUGGCAGCCCCCAUGAGGGGACCCUCUCCUUGUAGAAUAAAAAAGCUUUAAUAAGGUUACUGAUAUGGCUCGAGUCCUCAUCUCAUGUAAGUGGUCAUGAUUUUAUACAUAUGUUUCAAAAUUACAAUUAAUUUCUUUAGGAGUUAAACUUUUUAAAAUGAGGAAAAAAUUACUGAGUGCACCUUUAACUACAGUAGAACAAAAAAUAGAUUGUUGACUGCCACAUUCAUGAAUAUUCUGCCCUUAAGAUAAUCAUUAAAAAUAUUUUUACUUUUAAUGAAAAAAAGUUCAAAACCAGCUGCUAAACCUUAAUAAUACAAAAAAUGUAUCAAAUGAAACUGCCAGUGAGAUAAUUUAAACCAACUUAACUAUGCAUACAGUAUCAGCUAAUGAUUUCAAUACACAGAGGCUAGGUAAACUUUCAUAACUAGCAGUAUAAUCAAUCCAAUUUUGGCUAACAUUUUCUAAAUCUAGUGUUUUAUUAUAUUUUAAUGCAAACACACAACUUUGUAAUGUAACUGUAACUUUGCACACUUCACACAGUCUAACUGCUCUACUCAUCUUGGUUUUUUAAUACUGCAUAAAGUCAUGAAAGAGUUAUAAAAUCUUUGGUGUUUACACAGCUGAAUUUCUCCAAAGAGGGUCCAUAGAUCAUCUAGAGAUCUAUUGAUGUAGCUGAAUGGGAUGUUUCUCUGAUGCAGGCAGCAGCUUAGACAGUAAUUGUAUUGUAAUCAUCUUUUGCAAUGAUUUCAAAUUAAUAACCUUUAUUCAGUAACAAUCCCAUACUAUUUAAACUGUUCAUUUGUUCUUCAGCUCUUUGUAAUUUGCAAAGUCAGUGACAUAAAUUAUUUUUUCUGGCAGGGAAGCCAUUGUGUUUGUAAUAUCUGAAUUAGCACAGAGACGAUUUGUCCGUGUUUAUUUAGAAAAGCACACAAUGGAGAUUCAAGCUUUUUGCAUAUUCUCCCACAGCCCUCACAGUGCUUCAUGACACCAGUGUAAGCAUCAGUCCAAAGAUAGCUAAAGAUGAACAAUUCAUAAAAAAUGACCUGUAUUUCACCUAUUACCUUAGUUAUUGAACACUGCAGUGGUGAAUUCACAAAGUGUUCACUGAGAGUAUAAAGACAGAAUAAUGGAAAUUACUGGUGUCAUUUUUUCCCUCUUUUUGUCAUGGCAUGAACCUACAGAGUUUACAGUUUACUAUUUUUCAUGAGCAAUUAUUUCUUUAAUAAUAUACAGUAUGCAUCUGUAUCACUUUCUUGAGAUAAUGUUAUAAGAAAAUAUAUUUAUUUUUGUUCCUGCUUGGAAUGUACAAAAAGCCAUUAAUUACAAUCCUCAGCAGAGAAAAUGAGGACUGAAUCACUUCAAAAAGACAGCAGAUCAUGUGCAGUGGAUAUGUGUGUAUUCCUGUGUUAAAGGAGCACUGUCCAUAUGUAACAUACUGUAGAGACUGAUUUCAUUGUAAUACCUGUGCAUGUAUGGCCUGAAUUUUAGUGGACUGAUUGGGUUUACUUUUCUCUUGUUAUUUCUGUAGUUACGUUGGGAUAUUUUUUUAUGAUUUAUGUUCACCAGAGGAAUUGGCAGCCAACCAGCAUAACAUGGCCAUUAUUUAUUAUUAUAUUUAUAAUUGUUAGAAUAUGAUUUAUAUUAUUAUAAUAUUAUUUACAUUUAAUAUUAUUUUUGUUAAAUAUAAUUAAAAAUAAUUUCUUAAAUCUAACUUAAAAAUAAUGUUUCAUUAUUAUGUUUUAAAAUUGGUUUUUACUUUUAGAGUUAUUUUCCACGAUUUAUUAUUAUUAUUAUUAUUAUUUCAAAAACAACUUCUAAAAUAUAAUUUACAAAUAGUGUUUCAUAUUAUUUUUCAUAAUUUGUUUUUACUGUUAGGAUUAUUAUUUAUUUAUUUUUUAUUUCAACUAUUUUUUUGCAUGUUUGCUCCCAACAAAUUCUAUUGUACAUGAUCUUUGUCAUACGGUGGGUUGUGAAAUGCGUUGUAUUGAAAUGCCUUAACUAAAUAUUAAUAAAAGAAAUGAAGU